AUGACGGAACACCAGACGCCUUGGGCAACAGCUUCUUCUCAGUUUCCAGUUGGUAUGGAAAUCCUACACGACGACCCUGGCGCAGUUGCCGACAUUUGUUUUGUGCACGGCUUGACCGGAGGUCGCAGGAGUGCAUGGACAGCCUAUCAGCAGUCAGAGCCAUGGCUCAAGACACUACUUCCUUCUCACCUCAACAAAGUCCGCAUCCUAAGUUUUGGUUAUGGUCCAUUCGAUCGGUACUGUCAGGAUCCAAGACCCUUCCGACGUCAUGCUAUCGAUCUUCUCGACGCUAUCGGGUACUAUCGCCGCCAGGCGCUGUUGCGUCCCCUAUUUUUUGUAGCACACUGCAUCGGUGAAUUAGUCUGUCAGGAGGCGAUCACAAUAUCUUAUACAAGCAAUAGUGUCCCGAUCAUAAACCUCUUUGUUGCCUUGAGGGGUAUCAUUCUGAUCAGUACUCCCUACCUCGACAAGUCUUGGAAAGCACAAUGCGAUAAGAUUACGGAUCCGAAAAGAAUUGCCCGUCUGGAUAGGACGGUCCAGACGGAGCACUCACGAGGUGAUGAAUUCUAUUAUGAUUCGUUACGCAAAGACUUUUUCAGGGCCAUCAAAUUUGUCAACAUAACGUUUUUGUUCGCUGGUGUUGACAUUGAAGGGCCCGUCCCUGUCGCACACAAAGCGUUCGAAGCAGCCGGUGACGUCUUCUUCGAGUACGUUGCUUUGAAAGGCAAUCAUGAAGAUAUAGUCAAGAUCGGUUCACCAGAAGACUAUUGCUUCAAACCAAUCGUCGAUAGAUUGAACAAGUGGAUAGCUCCGCCAGGCAAGAGAGUCAACUAUUCUCAUCGUUAUCUCGUGCUUACAGUAUCUAGUAUUGUUGAAAAAUGCCUUGAAAACUACACUUCAUAA